AUGCUGCCUCAGAACAGGCGUCUACGACAUCUCCACGGCAUCUACCUACGGAACCUGAGCUUUGCAAAGCCCCACGGCCGAGCUAGCGACGACCUCGACGCAGACCUCCUGUCCAACAAGCUACACGAGGACCAGCCCCAGCUUCACCAUGCCCGCUCUUCCGAGAGCUUGCGGCCACGGCCAACGGGGCGCAGGCGCAGUACCACCCUGGCCAAUGCGACUCCGGUGGCCCGCCAGAAGCAAUUGGAGUACACUGUCGACAGUAGAGCUGCCGACGUGUUCUUCUCGUUGCACUGCGAGGGCGAGGAAGACCCGGUCUACGUCAGCGAGGUGGGCGAGCGGUCCAUGAACUUCAACUUCCGCUUCUUCGAGCUCUCACAGGCCGGCCCGUCCGUGACGCGCAUGUCACAGGUGCAGGUCAAGAUCUGGGCCAAGAGACAGCAGUCAUGGUGCUUGCUGCUUACACAAGACAUCGACCUUCGAGAUCUGAACUAUCUGGGUAGCUUGCGCAACUACCAUUUCCCACCGAACUGCCUCGUCUUCCACCUUGCCGAUGGCGUCUACUCCCUCGACCUGUCCAGCAAGAGACCUGAGCCGAAGCAAACCACGCCUCUCCCGACUUCCUCGUACAAUGCUCUCAUGAAGCUGUCCAACCUCGACAACUCCAUCCAAGACGCCCUAGCUACCCGCGAAGCUCUCACAGCACAGAUCAACACCAUACUCGAGCGCACACCCAUCGACACGGUCCCCCAAGCUCAAGAAUCCGCACACCUAGCCUCGAAAUACGUCGGGGCACAGAAGCGAGCCCUCCAAGCAGCCCAGACACGGCGCGCCGAGCUACGAUCCUCCAUCGAUGCCCGGCGGACCGCAAUCAAGGAGGGGCAGAACGCACAGGCGAGAGCCGCAGACGACGUCGAGCAUGCCCGGUCCAAGCUGCCAGCGUCCCAAUCGCUCAUAGCCGCGACGCGCGAGAGCAUCCACGGGCAGCGGCGGCGCAUCUGCGAAGACCUGGGGCACUUCUUUCCCAUCACACCCAUCCCGGCCGGCGCGCCCCUCUCCUUCAGCAUCUGCGGCAUCGCGCUACCCAACACCGACUACGACCCCACAUCCUCCUCCUCGACCGAGGAGUCGCUCUCGGCAGGCCUCGGCUACGUCGCCCAGCUCACGCACGUGCUGCAGUACUACCUCUGCGUCCCGCUGCCGUACCCCAUCUCGCCUUUCGGCUCGCGCAGCAGCGUCCGCGACGACAUCUCCCUCCUCCCCGACGCGCAGCGCGAGUUCCCGCUCUUCCUUCGCGGCGGCGCUACGGCGCAGUACCGCUUCGACUACGGCUGGUUCCUGCUCAACAAGGACAUCGAGGCGCUGUGCGUGGCGGCGGGGCUCAAGGUCGUCGAUAUCCGCCACACCCUACCCAACCUCAAGUACCUGCUGUACGUCUGCAGCGCGGGCAGCGACGAGGUGCCGGAGCGGAAGCGCGGCGGCGUCCGCGGGCUCUGGGCCGGCAGGAUGAAGGGCCGCGCCUCGCUCGCGGUGCCCGGCGACGACGGCGCCAGUAGUGCUGGCGGCAGCCGGCGCGGCAGCACGGAUAGCGAGGUGCUGGGCGGCAACAAGCAGCGGGAGCAGCUGAGUCGGGCCCUGGGCGAGAACGGUCAUGGGGGUUCGGGGAGACCGUCUUCGCCUGCCAGGUUGCCGUUUGAUGAGAGUACAAAGUUGACUUUGAGGACAAAAGGGCUACGGGAGAAUGUUGGUGCGCGUGCUUGA